AUGGAAAGUGGAGACUCCCAAUUGGACAGUGUUGAGGAGUUGGAUGAUUUCUCAGAUUCUGGCAGUGACUAUGAAGCCACGCUUAAAGCCUCAAAGCGGAGAAAGCAGGCAGUAACUGGACCUCGGCCACCCAAGAGACCUAGGUAUAAAGCUGCAUUGAGGGCGUCCAGCUCCAGCCCCAUCCCCAGUCUUUCAGACUCCUCCCUGCAGCAGCCCUCCCGAAGGACAUCCAGGCAGGCCUCGCCUAGACCUGUGACAAGAACGAACGAGGGUAACCGGUGCAUCAGUGCAGAGAAUAUCUAUGAUGCUGUCCGCUCUGGAAAGAGUGCCAUGGUGACUGUGGUGGACGAGUGGCUGGACAGCUACAAGCAAAGCCGAGAGGCGGGGCUGCUGGUGCUCAUCAACUUCAUUGUUCAGUCCUGUGGAUGUAAAGGUAUGGUUAGCAGAGAGAUGUUGGACAGCAUGCAGCAUGCUGAGAUCAUCGGCAUGCUCACCAAAGAGUUCAAUGAGGAUUCAGUAAACUACCCUUUGUGCACUCCAGGCCCCGAGCUGAAGCAUUUCAAAGCCGGCCUGCUCGAGUUUGUUCGGGUUCUCGUGAGAUCGUGUCGGAAUAGCCUCAUUUAUGAUGAGUACCUCUUCUCCUCUCUGCUGGCUCUACUCACCGGCCUCUCUGACUCCCAGGUCAGAGCCUUCCGACACACCAGUACCCUGAUUGCCAUGAAGUUGAUGACUGGGCUGGUGGAAGUAGCUGUGUUAGUGUCUGUUCAGCUGCAGACCACCCAACGGCAAUACGACAUGGAGAACGGCAAGGAGGCGCGUGACCGAGCCCCUGGCAGACUGGAGGAGCUGCAGGCCACCAUCAGUCAGCUACAGGAGAACAGAGAGGAGUUAUCCUCCAUGAUGAACGUCACGUUCCGCGGUGUGUUUGUGCACCGUUUUCGUGACCGGCUGCCUGAGAUUCGGGCUACGUGUAUUGAGGAGUUGGGCAUGUGGCUGAAAACGAACCCUGAAGACUUCCUGAAUGAUGGAUGUCUUAAAUACCUGGGGUGGACUCUGCAUGACAAGCAAAGUCCAGUGCGUCUGCAGUGUGUGCGUGCCCUGCAGGGUCUGUACCAGGAGAAGGAAUUUAUUGGCCGCCUGGAGCUUUUCACCAGCAGAUUUAAAGAGAGGAUGCUCAGCAUGGUGCUGGACAAGGACCCAGGGGUGGCAGUGGAAGUGGUCAAUCUGUUGCUGCUGAUCCAACAGAGGACAGAGGAAGGUCUGGGAGAGGAGGAGUGUGGUCACAUCUAUCCCCUGGUUUACGCUUCAAACAGAGCCCUGGCUUCUGUAGCCGGUGUCUUCCUCUUUAACAAGCUGAAAAGUGUGAUUGCCAGUGACAGCCAGGAGAAUGAUAAAAUGGAAAAUGCAGCCUUCUUUCAAAUCCUCAUCUCCUUCUUCAUCCAGAGUGAGUUCCAUGAGCACGGGGCAUACCUGGUGGAUAGUCUGUGGGGUGUGGCAAGAUCUGAGCUGAGAGACUGGGAGACGAUGACAACGUUGCUGCUACACGAGUCUGGUCUGAUGUAUGAGGAGGAGGGGGUUCUCAUAGAGCUGAUGAUGUGUGCCAUCAGACAGGCAGCACAGGCAACCCCACCUGUUGGGAGAACUCAGGGCAAGAAGAUCCUGGGCAUGAAGGAUAAGAAGGUCCAGGAACAAGACAGGAGACGUAUCACCACACACUUCAUCCCAUUACUGCCACAGCUGCUGGCCAAGUACUCAGCCGAUGCAGAGAAGGUGACCCUCCUUCUCAAAGCUCCACUUUACUUUUCUCUGGAGAUGUACAGCAGCAGUCUGCGGCUGGAGAAGCAUCUGGACCUACUGCUGUCUCAGGUAUGUUGUAUUAUUGAGAAGCACACGGAGGUCACCGUGCUCGAGGCUUGCAGCAAUCUGGUCAGCAGUCUUGGCGUCGACUUCUACACCUUCUCCUCCCGCACACAUCUGGCAUUCAGCCAGGUGAUGGACGGCCUGACUGAGUGCCUCAACGCCUACUUGAGUGACCUGCUGCAGGGUACUGCAGAUGACGAUGAUGUAUACAGUGCCGCCACUGCUUUGAAAAAGAUCGCAGCCCUCAGCAGUGCCAAGGACCCGACAGGCUGGAAGCUGUUCGACUCCUGUCUGGAGCUGCUGAAGAGCAAGAUGGAGUCCAGAGAGUUCGACAAGGAGCUGAUGGUGUCGGCCCUGAAAUGUGCUGCCUUUAACUUGAUGUGGGCUAAAGUGAAUGCAGUUAACUCCACACCAGCUGAGGGGGAAUUGAAGCGUUUGAAGAAGGAGAUGCGUUCGUUCUGCAAAGUUUGUGAAACGUGUCUGUCUCUGGACCAGACUGAGAUCAGAGAUCAGGCGUUUGAGCUGUUGUGUGACUUGCUGCUCUUGUACAGUGUGAGUUCAGCCCGCUUUGAACCCGCCCUCCAAACGCUGGUCCACCUGCCGUCUGAUUCCCUGCGUUCUGAGAUGGCUGCUUUCCUCCUGGACUACGUCUUCUCAGAAACUGAAGAUGCUGAGCUCGAUGAUGACAUUGAGGAUGCGAUGAAGAUAACUCUUCUUCAGAGGAAGCGCAACCAGCUGGCUGGCUACUGUAAGCUGGUCAUCUACGGUGUGCUGGACCUCACCGCUGCCACCAAUGUCUUCAAGCACUACAGCAAGUACUUUAAAGACUUUGGCGACAUCAUUAAAGAGACUGUGAGCAAGAGCAAGGUCAUCAAUCCCAUACAGAGCGCCAAGACCGUCUGUCUGAGUCUGCAGCAGCUGUUCUCAGAGAUGCUUACGGAGGACCGCAGCAGGCAGGAUCUCAGUGAGAUCAGAGACUUGGCCAAGAGGCUUGCCAUGAGCUUUGGCAUCAAUCUUAAUCGUGCCCGCAAACCACUGGUGGCCCUGCACACGGAAGGUGUGCGUUUUGCAUUUCGGGACCCACCAGAGGAAGAAGAGCCACAAUCGAACGUGGCCUUCUUGGAGAUCCUCAGCGAGUUCAGUUUCAAGCUGCUGCCACAGGACCGCAUUGAGUUGGCAGCCUUUCUGAAGUCAGUGUGUCCCGGUGACGCCCUCUCCUGGCCGCCAGUCAGACUAUAUCAACGUUCCUUGGAGGGCCGCUCCUCUGCUAAAGCCAGAGAACAGGAGGAGGAAGGCGAUGCCGUCUCCUCUCAUAAUGCCCCUGUAGCUAAACGCAAGAGGACAACUCCUCAGCGUUCAGGGGCCAGCACAGGCCGAGGUUCCUGGUUGGACAGCAGUAUCCAAAGCAGCCUUGCCACUCCAGCCUUCACCUCCACGGCCCAGAAACAGGCAGCCAAGCAGCUGGACUCCAGAGACACGGAGUCUGAUACAGGCAGCGUCUUAACUGAGCCGGAGUCUGAGGACGAGUUCUCCGUAGGGUCCAAAAUGCGAAGGGUGAAGCCCAGCAGACGACGUCAGCUCUCCUCCAGCCAGACCGGUCGCUCUUUGGAUCAGAGGGGCCUGAACUCCCAACUCACCUUACUAUCUCUGAUUGAGGACGACAGUGCAGAAAGAGAAGAGGAGCCUGAGAUUGAGAAUUACGAAAGUGACUCCGACCCUGAAUCUACAUACACGCUGCCUUCCACACGACACACCAGUGUCCUCGACGAGCUCUUUGACUGA